CACCUCCCCCUACUUGACAUCGCUCACAGCAACAAGUGUUGCUGGCUGUCAGCGACAGUUUUACAUCAAAUUUUUUUUUGCCACAUAUAAGAAGAAAAAAAAAAAGAAAUGUUAACGACAUAUUAGCUGCGGUUCUGUGCCGCCCAGCGUGCCACCGGACUGCGAUGAUCGUGUCCAACUUGAGCCUGAGCGGGUGCGCGGGGGUCAGCAGUGCGCUGUGCGCCGCAGCCGGGGAAGGGCACCUGAGCGGAGGCUCACACCGCAACACCCUCACCCCGACGGGGCACCUGGUGGUGGCCGUGUGCCUGGGCUUCAUCGGCACUCUGGGACUUAUGAACAACUUGCUGGUGCUCGUGCUCUUCUGCCGCUACAAGAUGCUGCGGUCGCCCAUCAACCUGCUGCUGAUUAACAUUUCCAUCAGCGACCUGCUGGUGUGCGUACUGGGCACCCCGUUCAGCUUCGCCGCCAGCACGCAGGGAAGGUGGCUCAUAGGAGAAGGCGGAUGCGUGUGGUACGGCUUCGCCAACUCCCUCUUCGGCAUCGUCUCCCUCAUCUCCCUGGCUGUCCUCUCCUAUGAGCGGUACAGCACCAUGGUGGCGCCUACUGAGGCGGACUCUUCCAACUACCACAAGAUCUCGCUGGGGAUCACCUUGUCCUGGGUCUACUCCCUCAUCUGGACUGCGCCGCCUCUAUUUGGCUGGAGCCACUACGGCCCGGAGGGUCCCGGGACCACCUGCUCCGUCGACUGGACCGCCAGAACAGCCAACAGCAUAUCUUACAUCAUCUGUCUCUUUGUCUUCUGCCUCAUUGUGCCGUUCCUGGUGAUCGUGUUCUGCUACGGGAAGCUUCUGUGUGCCAUCAGACAGGUGAGCGGGAUCAACGCAUCCCUGAGUAGGAAGCGCGAGCAGCGCGUGUUGUUCAUGGUGGUGAUCAUGGUGGUCUGCUACCUCUUGUGCUGGCUGCCCUACGGCAUCAUGGCCCUGAUGGCCACCUUCGGGCCGCCGGGACUGAUCACGCCCGUGGCCAGCAUCAUCCCCUCCGUGCUGGCCAAGACGAGCACGGUCAUCAACCCUGUGAUCUACGUCUUCAUGAACAAGCAGUUUUACAGAUGUUUCAAAGCCCUACUGCGUUGUGAGGCUCCUCGACCGAGCUCCAGCUUAAAGAGCUCCUCCAAAGUCCCCACCAAGGCCAUGAGGGGUGCAGCGGUUACUGGUCCCCGGCACACCAACAACUUCCUGUUCGUGGUGGCCUCCCUGGGUCGUCCGGUGGCCACCAUUCCCCAACUGGGCCCCUCAGUGGAACCGACCAUCGAUGUCACCGGAGGCCCCUCGUCAGACAACAACAAACCUGUCAUAGUAUCACUGGUGGCUCAAUGCGAUGGCUGAUGAGCGGCUAUGAACAUGAAAUGCCCAACAAGGAAGUAAUUCAAAUAUGGGAGUUGUCGUGUUUCCAGGCUUGGAGAGCAGCAGCCUGCAGGAACAGGUAGAUUUAAAGCAUCAGCUUGGCAUGAUGGGGCGGUAUCAAAAGACAGAUCUGGCAUUGUAAUAGAAGAUAGUAGGGCUGAUUAAUAUUGUGCAAUAUCUAAUGUUUGGUACAGCAUUACAGCGUAACAGAGAUGUGUCUGCAGUAUAGGAAGAGGGAAACGUGUUUUCGUAUUGACUGCUUACUGACUGUGGUUGCAAGGUGGGGUUGAAGAACAGAAGCUGUUUAUUACCCUUCAAAAUUAAACGUACUUCUAGAGUGGAAACAACUAAAAAGAUGCCAACGUUCAGGAAUGUACUGAUGGAUAAUUUAUCAGUCUUUUUGGCUCUCAUUCUCUGCCAGUAAUCCAAUUAAUCACAUUGCGUACUUUGUCACUUUGAAAUGCAUAGGCAGUGUUCAAAUAUAAUCAUUGCUACCAUGCUAGCUGCAUUCAAGUUGUGUUUUUUUAAAACUCAGAAUUGGAUUAAAGCCAAAAAAACAACCGAUUUCCGUGGAACUUUAACGUGCGAGUUGUCUGUGAUCCGUAGCAACAAUUAGCAGCUCAGUGCCUUGCUCGUACGCACAUGGUGGUCAGCAGCGCACAUGGACGGGUAUCAGCAGCAGCAUGUAAAAUACUCGCUUUAAAUACCGACGAGAAGAGGAAAUGAUUUUUCAAGCGUCUCAUGGGACAUAACGGAAAGAUUUCAUCGAGGGAACAAGUCUUUUUGAUGGAACUGGGUUAUUCUGUAUAUAUUGAUUGCCGUGUGCUUGUCUGCAUUUUGUAAACAUUUUUCAAAACUGAUUUGACACUUUCCUCCAUUACGAAGAUAACUGGAGUUUCACAAUCAGUGCAUCAACGCUGUGUUCAGUGACUGUCUAAGCGAUAAGUGGUGUGGUACUGCUGCAUAGCUCACAAUGUUUCACUUUUUUGUAAUUCACCUUUAGCCACUGUUUUAUAAGUGCAGUCAAGAUCUUGUAUACAUUGAUGUACAUUAAUUAAUACCAAAGCAAAAUAAAUUUGAAUAUUUUUUGAGUUCAAAGAAGUAAAAUAAUACUUUAAAAUAAGAAAAUCUAAA